AUGAUUGGCGACAACUUCGAGUACUCCCUCGGCCCGCCGGACUCUGGGUUUUCGCUGUUCCUCGCCGAGCGCACCAAAAAGGUUCACUUUAUUCGCCACGCCGAGGGCGAGCACAACGCGGCGACGGCGAGCAGCGGCUCGAAUGACGUGCUCACUCGCGGUGACAAUCCUGCGAGGGACCACCCGCUGUGGGACGCCCGCCUCACUGACGUCGGAGCGCAGAAGCUCAAGCAGCACCUCGCGAGCCGCCCAAGCGGCGGCCGCUCCUUCACCGCCUUCGACCUGGUGGUGGUGUCUCCGCUGACGAGGACGUGCGAGACCGCCUUCCAUAUCUUCGGGCCGGGCCGGCAGCCGGGCAAGCCCGGCUUCCUCUCAACGCUCGACGCACCCGACGGGUCCGAGGAGAAGCUCCGCGGCGAGAAGGUGCCGGCGCCGCGCAUCCUCGUGCGCGAGGAGUGCCGCGAGCGGUGGGGCCAGUACGUGUGCGACGGCAGGCGCCCGGUCUCGAAAAUCAUGCCCGAGUUCCCGUCCUUUGACUGGUCCGAGGUGCCGUAUGACGACGACCACUUCUACACGGAGGACGCGCGCGAGAGCGACGAGCACUGCUGCGAGCGCGGCAUCGCGUUCCUGCAGUGGCUCAACAAGCGACCCGAGAAGUGCAUCGCCGUCGUGACGCACUCGUCCUUCCUGCGCCACAUCUUUACGCAGUUCGGCGGGAAUCUUCACAAGGACGACCAGGACUCGCUGCAGCGCCUCGCCGGCAACUGCGAGCUCCGCUCCAUCGUGAUGUGCAGCCACGGGAAUAAGGACGGCCUCGACGUCCCGCCGCUCACUUCGGACGCGCCGCGCUCGACGGUGCGGAUCAGCAGCGCCACCGACCUGCUCGCCGGUGCCCACAACGCCCCGCCGUGA